AUGCAACUCGGGCUUGGAGUUGCGGUCUUGCUCAUCUCCCAAUGCAAUUGGGCUCUUGCGUGGGGUGAUGUCGGUCACCGCACAGUGGCCUACGUCGCAGAGAAUUAUCUCACCGAAGAUGGAUCCAAGUUUCUAGACAACCUACUGCCUUUUAGCAAUAAUUUCGAUAUCUCCGACGCGGCAACCUGGGCUGAUGAACAGAAAAGAAGAUAUCCUAAGACCAAACCCUGGCACUAUGUUGACAUAAAAGAUGAUCCUGUACAUCACAAGUGCGACAUAUCGUCCCUGGACUGCCCGAACGGGGACUGCAUCAUCUCUGCCAUGGAAGCUAUGACAAGCCAAGUGAGCGAAUACAGCUUUAACCGGACAGAAGCCGUGCUUUUUCUAGUUCACUUCUUCGGCGACCUGCACAUGCCCUUACAUGUGGAAGGUCUUUGCAGGGGCGGAAACGAAAUCGAUGUUUCUUUUAACGGUCGCAAUGAUAACCUGCAUAGUAUUUGGGACACAGAUAUGCCGCACAAGAUAAACGGGAUCAAACACUCCCUAAAACACAACGACGAGAAAACGGCUUCCCUCAAAUGGGCCAAAGAUUUGAUUCAAAAGAAUCUGCAUCGACCGGCGACAGUCACUGAAUGCAAUGAUGUGACGCAGCCCCAGAAAUGUUUCAAGCAAUGGGCAACUGAGUCCAACCAUCUUAAUUGUGCAGUUGUUUUCAAGCGAGGGCUUCAAUACCUCACGACACAAGAUCUAGCUGGGGACUACUACGAAGAUGCCGUACCCGUUAUCGAAGAGCAAAUCUUCAAGGCGGGUGUUCGCCUGGCGACCUGGAUCAACUCCAUCGCAGAGAAACAACAUGCCAAAGCUGCAUUUGUGGCUCAGGGUAGUGGAUCCUACGAGCUGUGA